AGGAGCUGGGGGAAGCAGAGACGCCCCAAUUAUUCCCCGCCUGCUUCUGGGGCAAGGAGAACCCAGGGGACUGUGAUCCCAGGGAGCGACUGCAGCUCGUGUGGUCGCACCUGAGCAGGGGUGAUGUGGAUGGCGAAGAUGGAGCGUCUCAGACUAGUUUUGGUCCUGCUGCUGGCUGGGAUCUUUGUGGAAAGCCCUCAGGUCCAGUGUUUCUCCCUCUGCAAGAGAGACCUCUUCUCUGUCAGAGAGUCACCGCUGGACAUGGCCCUCAGCUCCUUCGAUGACCAGUACAAGGACUGCGUCAGCAUGAUGGAGGCCGAGCUGGGGGAGCUGAACCUCACCGAGUUGGCCAACAACAGGAACUACGCCGAGACCUGGCUGGAGGCAGCCUCCAGCUGGAAAGAGAUGAAGGACAAGAGCUACAUGCCACGGAACUUCAAGCCCGAGUACGCCAUCGCCAUCUUGGCCUACACCAGCCAGGGCCCCCUGUACAAGCAGCCCCUGCACCAGGAGUUCAACGCAGCUGUGAGAGAGGCAGGCCGCACUCGGGACUUUUACCUCAACAACUUCAACUUCAAGACCCUGCACUUCCUCCUGACCAGAGCCCUUCACGUCCUAAAGGCCUCCGAGCCCACCAAGUGCCACCAGGUGUACCGCGGAGUCCGGGGCAUCCGCUUCAAAGCCGAGAGUCGCAAACCCGUCCGGUUCGGCCACUUCACGUCCACGUCCCUGAAGAACGAGAGUGCCCUGCAUUUUGGGCAGGACACAUUCUUCUCCAUAAAGACCUGCCAUGGGGUCAUCAUCAAAAACUUCUCCUUCUUCCCCGGUGAGAACGAAGUGCUGAUCCCCCCCUUCGAGAUAUUCAAGGUCACCAACUUCUCCAGGGCUCAGGACAGAACCUUCAUCCAGCUCCUGUCCCUGGACAGCUACAGCAACUACAACUGCGAGUAUGUGAAAGAGAAAAGAUGCAAGACCCGGAGAUGCGUUUUCAGCUCCGGAAUGAGCAGUUUCUCCUUCGGCAUACAGUGCCUGUACCUCCUCGGUGGAGUUCUUCUGGCGUCAAGUGCUUUGGGAACGCCUGACUUCCUUUGACGUCCUACUCAGCAUGCUCGCUUUCUCCCUGAGCUAUCAUUAAAACUGUAAAAAUUGCUUUGAGGAAAAAGGACACGGAGAAGAAAGAAACUCUGGAGCCCAUCUGCUGGUGUCUUAGGCCAGAAGAGACCAUUGUGAUCAUCUGCCCUGACCUCCUGCUUCGUGCAGGCCCUAGAACUGCCUGGGAUUAAUCUCUGUUUGAACUAGAGUAGAUCUUUGAGAAAAAAAUCCCAUCUUGAUUGAAAUGUGGCAAGUGAUGGAGAUACACCCUGAUCCUUGCUAAAUUGUUCCAGUGGUCAGUUACCUUCAGCGUUAAAAAUUUCUAUUUAGUCUCUAGUCCCAAUUUAACCUUCAACGAAUCUUGUCUGACCUUUGCCUGCUAACUUUAAGAGCCCUCUUAUCAAGUUCCCGUUCCCUAUUAUAAGUGCCGAUAGAAGGCAAUCAUGUCACUCCAUAACCUUCUCCUUGUUAAGAAACUGAGAUCAUCGAGUUCCUGGGUCAGCCUUGCGCUGGUCCCCAGAGAAAGUUCUGUCUCCUGCACAAUGAGCUUUACCCGUGCUGUCGAGAGUCCCAUUGUGCCAGGGAAAUGCAGUUGCUGGAACUUUAGGGUCUGAGAGUCCCCGGCCACUGAAUAUCUUGCAGCUGAGGUCCAAGACCUUGAACUUGACUUGAUGUUCUCUGGAAAGCCAGUGUGGAGCGCGGAGAACAGGUCUGAUGCACUCGCAGUAGCCUGUGUUGCUGAGGAGACUCUCUGCAGCCUUCGGUAGCAGGUGGAGUUUUGUAAGCAGUGAAGGCAUCAUGCUCAGGUAUACUGCAUUGCUACAGUCCAGACAGGAGUGAUUAAGGCCUAUAUAAUUGUGGCCAGGUCAUCAUCCACCAGGAUGGGAGGUAGUCUCCUAGUCAACCGGAGAUGGUAGAAAGCAUUAGUCACAGACGCUGCUAUGAGAGAGCUCAGCAUCAGCAAGGCAUUCAAGAGGCCUCCUAGACUAAGGACUGAAUUGCCCUAUUGUGGGUGUGAACCUUCAGUCAAAGGAGGCUGCACCAUGAAUGCUGACUCUUCAAAAUGCUUUGCUCUGCCCACCAGCAUCACCUCUGUCUUGCUUGGGUUCAGCUUCAGCCAGCUGUUCCAUCCAAGUACCGAGCCAUCUUGGUGGUAGUGAUGUGGUCGUACGGGAAGGAGAGGAGGAGCUUGGUAUUGCUGUCAUUUGAGUCCAUAUUGUACGUUCAGUUCGCAUAGAGGCUGCAAGGAGAUGUUGAAAAGUCCCCGAGAGAGAACUGAUCUUGUGGGACUCCUCCAGGGAGGGAUCCAGUGCUGGAGGUGCAGUUUCUCAUCACCACUAAUUGGGUGUGUCCCUCCAAGAAGGAUUCAGACCUUUUUAGUGCAUCCCUCUGGACUCUUGCUGCCUCUUAGGUGAGACAGAAGUAUCUCAUUGCCAACAGUGUCAAAUAAUGCCAAGAGGUCCAGGAGACUGCACAUAGAUGUCUGCCCUCCAUCCAUUGACAAGAGGAUAUCGUCCAUCCCAUUUAGCAGCAGGGGGAGUGAAUAGCAGUUGAUAGAAAUGGUAAGUUAUAAAGUAUAGAAAAUGGAUAAGGGAAGCAAAAGACACCAGCAAUAAAUCCAUGGCUAGCAGGGCUAAGGGAAAUAAGAUGAUUUUUAAGUAUAUUAGAAACAAAGGAAGUCCUAAGAUUGGUAUAGGCCUUUACUAGAUGGAGAUUGUAACACUUUUAAUAAUGAUGCAGAAGGGCCAAAAUGUUCAAUAAACCUUUCUGUGCUGUAUUUGCAAAGAAGCAGGAUGAUGCACUCAUGAACAUGAACUUCUUUCCAGUUCACUGGUAGCUAUGGAAGAUGGUAACCAAUACUUACUAGGGAUCAAUAUUUUUUAAUCAGCAGCCCCAGAUAUCUCACACCCAAAGAGUCCUAAAAGAGUUGGCUGAGGAGAUUUCUGCCCUGCCGAUGUUAAUUUUUAAUAAACAUUAGAACCCCAGGGAUAUCCCAGAAGACUGAUAGAGUGCUAAGGUUAUGUCAGUAUUCAAAAAGAGAUGGAUUGGAUAUGAAAUACCUGUUAGCUUGUCAUCAGUCCUGGGUGUAAUAAUGAAAAAGUGGACAGGGGAUUUAGUCAAUAAAGAAUUAGAGGGUGUGGCUACAAUUCAUGCCUUUUUAAGCAAUAAAAAAUUUGGUUGAUAAAGAGAACUGGAGAGAUGAAGUAGAUUUAGACCAUUGCAAGUUGUUUGACCUAGUACCACAUGACAUUCAGAUUAACAAACUAGUGCUAGACAGUAUCAGUAGAGCACUCAUCAAAUGGAGUGAGAACUGGCUAACUGAUAGAUCUCAGAUAGGAGAUGUCCAUGGGAAAUCAUCAUCCAAUGGGUUUUUUCUGACUGGUUCACAAAGGUCCUUAAGCACCUAACUCCCACUGAUUUGGGCCUCUAGGGGUCUGGCUGAUGGGCUGGAGAGAGGGGCCUUUUUCCAUGUUGGACUGUCAGCUUUGAGCCCUUUCCCAGAACGAGGUGUGUAGGACCAAUCAGUGCUUUCUCAUGAGAGACAUAAGAACAUAUAUAAAAAUGGCCUUGCUGGGUCAGAGCAAAGGUCAAGCUAACCCAUUAUCCUGUCUUCUGACAGUGGCCAAUGCCAGGUGUCCCUGA